AUUUAAAAACAAAACAAAUGAAACUGAAAUUCAAAAUGGCGAAUUUGCUGUCUGGGUUCGGGUCUUAAUGGGUCUGACAGCAGUGGGAACGAGACAACAAGUUGGUUGUAGGGUUGCCAAGUAGACAAAAUACGAAUUAGUUUUUACUUUUUAUUUAAUUUUUAAUGAAAUAAGUCUCAAAAUUUGUCUAUAUUCCAAAAUAAGUAGGCGGCUUAUGUGGGCUUAGGCUUAGGUAGUACAAUUGAUUGAAAUCCGCUGCAUGCGAUCAAUUUUUCGUGCACACCACUGUAGUUGUUGUAGACAUUCUCGUGUGAAAAAAUUAUCGUCGCUGUGGGAAUCGAAUCGGACGGAGAUUCAAUGAAAAAACUAAAAAUUUUCAAAGUCUGUAAAAAUUUGCAAGAUCUUUUGCCCGGGCCGCAAUUAAAAGAUACGCGAUAGUGUUGCGUCUGUGUUUUUGCAAAGAAAUUACCGCGCCGCGCCGCUUUGUUGUUAUCGCUUGGUUUGGUUGUGCUGCAUCUGCCUGUCUGCCAGCGCGGACGCCUCUGUACAGAAGUACAUAAUUUUGGCAAUCAAAUUACUUGCACGUGGAGUGCACUCCACAACGCCGCAAUAUGAGCAAUACUCCAAACCGUGAGGUAAUGCUGGUACCGGCCGCGACUCCCUCGCCAUCGCCCCUGGCCAAACUCGAUGUUGACUUGUCAGGUUCGAACUAUGAGAUGCACCCGAGCCUUUCUGACGAGGAGCGUCGCUACUAUCUUAAGGCCUACCCGACCGUCGAUUUGAUCAACCAGCGAAAGGUGCACUGCACUGUAUGCAAAAUGCACAUGGGCACGGCCCCUGGCUCGGAGGGCAGCAUCAAGAUGCACCCCAUUCUGCGCGUGACACACUGCGGCAAGUGCCACGAUUUCUACAACAGUGGAGAGUUCUCAAAGGGCGAGGACGGCUCCGAGCUGUACUGUCGCUGGUGCGGCCAGGGUGGCGAGGUCUAUUGCUGCUCCACAUGCCCGUAUGUUUUCUGCAAGUCGUGCAUCGUGAAGAAUCUCUCGCGCGGCGUCAUUAUGGACAUUGAACAGAACGAGAACUGGAACUGCUUCAACUGCACCCCCAAGAUCCUAUGGCCACUGCGCGCCCAGCACUGGGCCCUGGUCAACUACAUACAGACCCAGAAGCGAGGCCUGCAGAGCCUGCAAUUGCCGGAAGUGGAGGCGCGCCGGCAGAUGAUGAAGGACAACAGUACGUGCUGCCGUCUGGCCAAGGCUAAGGCCAACAGCCUCUCUGAUUCCGCGGAAAGCCUUGAAUCAAUCACUUCGAAGCGCAGCCACAACAGUUCCGUGAGCUCUGCGAAGAAGGGUCCGGCGCUAAAGUUGCAAGGUCCGCCCACCAAGCGCCCCAAGGCGUCAAACGACGAGGUCGUCUGUACUCCCGAUUUGCUGAGCAUGCUGGAGCCGGACUGUCAGAUCUCCAUGCCCCCGAAGCCGGCAGCUCGUCUCCCGGUCCCACCGGUUAGCAUAACAACCACGCCACGCAUUGUCACCGUACAGCAGAACUAUACCGGACCGAGUCCCAGUCCCAGCAGCAAUGGUACAAGUCCACCCCGGAUUAGUCUGCCGCCACCGCUGGUGCUGAGUGGCUCGGGCGUUCGGUACCGCCAGAAUUCACCGGCCAGUGUGGUGCGUCGCACCGUCGUGCCCAAUAGCGUGCGGAACACUGGGCCCGUCUUCCACACCAUAAACGGAUUCCGCGUGGAUCUGAAUAGCGCCGCCCAGCAGGACUCGUACCGCCUGCCCAACGGACGCCUCAUUCAGGUCAAGCGCCAGAUGCCACCAGGCGGUCAGCCUCCAACGCCUUUGACGCCGCCCACUCCGAUGUCUGUGGGUCCAAUGGGUCAGGUCAUGAUUCGACCCCGCUCUCUUGCAGCCGCUUCGCCGACCAUUCGCCAAGUCCACAGCAGCACAAACAGCAGCCCAGGCGGCACACCGCCAGCCAUUGUCUCCAACAUGGGCUCCAAUAUGGGGAUCUACAAUCCGCAGAUCAACCAACAGCAGCGAGCUCCGCAAGUUGUGCGCCAGGCAAGUGCCUGUGCCAGUGCCAGUGCCAAUGCUAAUGCCAAUGCCAGUGGCGGACCCACACCGACGGUGGGGAACACUAAUGGAGCAGACGGGACUAUGAUAUAUGCGGUGCAAUCUAACAAGAGCUCUGCAUUGAUGCGCCAUGUGUUCCCGAAUAGCGCGAUUGGACAGGCGCGUGCCCAGCUGCAGGAGCAGAUAUUCAGUGCCAUGGACAUAUGCACCCAUCUUACUGGAAAGGUAGUCUCUCUGACCCAUUCGAAUGCCUACAAUCAGGCGCGCAGCUAUAUGGAUCUCAAGGAGCUGUACAUUCAUAUGUCGUACCUUAUGACCUAUGCCAUUGGACGCUUCAAGCAUCUGCAGGAGAAGUGUCUGGUGGACAUGCGCGACAUGGGCUUCAAGAACGAUGCGAACAGUCUGGAGAACGGCCAGUUGGCUGCUGAGAAACAAGCCAGCGAUGACGAGGAUAACGAGAUUGAGAUUGUGGAGCCCAAGACGGAUACCAUUACCAUUGAUUCGGACAACGAAGACGAGGUGUGCUCGCCCGCGAACAGCAAGAAGAUCAUGAAGAUAACUUCUGUUGCGUCUCAUGCCCCGAAGAAGGAAGUCGUGGAAGUACCGCCGAGUGAGGCCGAUAUGGCCGCCUUUAGUUCAACCAUCUUGGCCAGUCUUCUCGAAGUGGACAUCACCGAGGGCACUGCCGAUCCCAAGAACGUGUCGCCAGGACACAAAAAGCAGCCUCGUAAGAAGACAACGAACAAGCCGAAUCCGGCGUUGCUACAAUUGGAGCGCCAGCGCAUGGAGGAGAUCAAGCACACCGAUGCCAAGCUGAAAAUGAAAGUCAGGGUCAAGUUGCGACGAGCGGAGGACGAGUUUGAGGUGGCCCGUAAAUGGGCUAAGAACUGCGAUCGGAAGGCCAACCAGAGAAAGUCUGAUGCUGAGAAAAAGCCAGCUACCGGAUCCAAUGAGCCAAUUUGUAUCGAAGAAGAAAAAGAACUGGACCACAUUAGCAAGGAAGAGUCCAGCCCGUCUAAACCAGAAGCAGACAAAGAAACGGACAAGCUUGAGGCACCCAAAGAAGACAACUGCAAGAAUGACAAAGCAGAGGCCCCAAUGGAAUUGCCAGCAGAUGAUGAUUACCAAAAGUUAGGCGAAGCAGAAGACGAGCAGCAAAAGAAAGUUGAAGCUGAAGCGGAAGCUGUAACCGAACAUGAAGUGGAAGCUGUAACCAAACCUGAAUCUGUUGAUCAGUUGAACGAAAAGGCAGUCUUAAGUAUUAACCCAGUCUUAGGUGAUGCAAUGGAAAUCGUGGAGUCCGAACCAGAAGUGGUAAAGGAGAAAUGUACGGAUGAAGAUAACUCCAAUUUAAAUGAACCGAUGGACACUUCCACUGAAAGCCCCGCUGCUGUGCCGCUGGAAAGCAUGGACAUAGACAUACCGAGUGAAAGUACUGACCAAACAGAGGCUGUAGUAGAUGAAGCAAAAGAUCUGGAUGGUAUGGGAGUGAGUGAACCAGCGAAAGAGUUGAAAAAGGACCCCUGCAAUUCCAGCCCCAUAGCAUCUACAGCUGAUGCUGAAGCUUUUAAAGACAUGGAAAAUGAUACGACAGUUGCGGAUAGUAGUCCUGAAAUUGUAGAUCCCGAAACGGACACAGCAACGUUGGUGAUGCCAUCGCCAGAACCCAUCCCAAAAGACGAUCAAAACGAGGAGGUCUCCCCUCGUGAAUCUGAACCACUGACGGAGAACGAAGCUGUUGCUGCAAAAUCCACUGAUGUCUUGACAGAUAACAACGCCGAAGCACCUGUAGCAGGCUUACACGAGACUAUCGAAUCAAAUGCCACACUUUCGGAGGAGUCCACUUCAGAGAGGAUUGACGCCGGGCAACUUGUCGGCUAGUUUGUGGUGAUCAUUCGAGGUCCCGACGACGACUCUCCAUAAGACCUCGACAUUGGUAAUUUAUACGCUGGGUAUAAGGAUUUAAUGGAUCUAAUGAGAUACAAGAAAACGGCCAAUCAUUUGUUAAGUAACUUUAAUUUUGCUCUUAAUUGAAUUUAACUUGUUUUACAAAGCAUAUUUGGCAAUCAAUUUAUGUGCGUGCAAGCAAGUACUUUUCUAAAUUGUUUAUUUGACUUAUGAUACACAAUUGUACAUACUCAAUUAAUUUUAUAUUUAUCAUGUUAUAUUCUUGGGGAACUACUCCAAUUAAUUCAAAGUAGUUUGACGCCCAGAAAAUGUCUUUAAUAAAUUGUUAUGGCUUCUAAUUAUACUGCUAUUCUACAUACAUAUUUUUAUGUAUAGUAGAUGCAUAUAUAAAUCUGAUCUUUUCAAACCAUAAUCGGUAUCAUGUUUGCUUAUAUCUUUCCCAUGCUGUAUAGAUAUGUUAUAGUGUUAGGUAUUGCAUUUAAUCAAUCAUUUUAUUGUUAUAUUCCCGAAACACUAACAAGAGGCCUGCCUGUCAUCGAAGCAAUCGAACCAUUAGUAAGUAUCUGGGGAUGCUCCAUUUAUGACAUUUUUAUGAGUAUAUCAGUAAUACUCAGAAAUCAUAAACUGAACCAGAGAGCAAGCCAGUAGAAAAUAUUUAGUACUUAGGGUAUUAAUUGAUA